UCUUAAAACUACCUAAGAGGCGGCCUGCAUCUUUCGGCGGUCGCAGUCUGCGGAGUGGUGGCUGCCAAAUGCUAUAUAGCGGACCGCCGCCCACGCCUGAAAACUCAUUUCAUCUUACGACCCCGAAACGCAAAGUUCUACUAUCGCUAACCACUUGGACGCGGACCCGGUCGACUCUCCGACGCCGACGCGUGUGAAUUGUUUUUUUUUUUUUGAAACGGUGCGGUGCUUGUUUUAUUGGCGGAUUGGGCCAGUCGCUACCUACCCUGUAACGAAGGGAAAAGUUUCCAAAUAUCGGUGCAGAAAAAGAAGAUCGGCUAAACGAUGGGAUCUGUAUCUCAUCAUAAGAUAUCAACCCGGUUGAUCAUCUUCCUGAUGCUAGCGGCAGGUACCGGGCUCGAACCGGGAUCAGUGACAGCCAUCACAAUCACAACGACGGACGCCAUGCUGGAAUCGACUCAGACCACCAUCACGGCGGACAUGAUACCCAGCAGCAGCUUGGACGACGAAUCGACUGUCAGCGAGAAAUCCGAUCUGACCGAAGCGGAAACAAAGGAUCCGAAAAAGUUGGAGAUUAUCAAGCAAAUUCGGAAGAUCAAUACCGACGGGUCGUAUACGGUGGGGUACGAAGCGGAAGACGGAACGUUUAAGAUUGAGAGUCGGGAUGUGCUGGGGAAUGUCAAGGGAACUUACGGGUACAUUGAUGAGAAUGGAGAGAUUCAGAGGGUGUCUUACAAUGCUCAUAACAAUACUGGGAUUAAAUCGGCGGAGCCUCCACAAGUAACGGAGGAUGUCGUCCACAUUCCACCGAGGUUUAACCGGAGUCAUAUUGGAGCACCAACUACCAGAAGGCCUGCCUUGUACCAUUCGAGUACAUCUGCUCCGCAGCGAACGAGUGUGAUCCAAACAAUUCCACGGAAGCGACCGCACAUGACUUCAACAACAGAGAGGCCGUCGUCGAAAGCAGCGGAUACGACUACUUCGUACGAACCUACUACGGCAUCCAGCCAGAGCACUUCGGUUCAUACUGCAAAACCGUUGCUGAUAAUACGACCAACUCCAUUGCCACUUAGUGCGAAGACCAUUGAACAGCUGGCGAGACCUGAAAAGCUGGAAAGUGAACACAUAUCGAAGAUCUACCCUAAGGCUUCACCGCUAAGGCAGAAGGAACCGGAGAAGAAGCCUGUGAGAGGCAACUUCCUGAGGAGACAGCUGCCUCAGGAGUCAGAAGAGCAAUACGAAGCCCAACAGCAAGUCGUCUACGGUCAGUCCGCAGGCGAAGAGAUUGCCAAUCUAUUUUCCGCAACGCCACCCGGAUUGCGGCCAAUUUACUCGACCACACCAGCUCCCAGAAUUCCAGCUGCGGUGCUGGCAGCUCGCCAAAGGGCAGCACAAAUCCAGAAUUUGAUCACCAGUGAAAGACCUUCCACCACGACGGAACGGGUGUACGCCAAACCUCCUCGCAAGCAGGAGCCGGCUCCCGUAAUGUACGAACCGGCAACAGAGCCGUCUUCGGAAACCAGUUACGUUACCGAUAUGCCAGUCUCGGUCGUACAAAUCCCAGCAAAUUCGAACCGCGAAGUCGCGGAAGCUGCCGAAGAUGAACGAAGAGUAUACCGGCAAAGACCGAUAGAAUUCCGACCUCGAGAAGGAUACCGGUUUGUUCCGGCUCAAGAUCGUCCGGAACGGUAUCGCGUGCCGCUUGGAAUACCACCGCAAGCUCGAGCCUUCCCGAUUCCAGAUCAACAGCAGCAAUAUCUACGGGAACCGACGCAAAUACCCGGUCGAGGAGCUCCAAUCGCUCCGGAGAACUACCCAGCUGAAGACGAAAUCAACAACGUUGCGUAUCGUCAACAGCGACGGCCCCAAGGUCCUCCUCCGGCCCCGUACCCACAAACCCAACAGGAAGCACCCGUCAGCAGUGUACCCAACGGUCAUAGCUAUCCGCAGCAAUCUUACCCAGUUCCAUAUUCCUACAACCCGUAUCGCAAUCCGUAUCAAUCCCCCGUCAGCCCGUACUACGACUUCCCCGACCGACCUCUAACGACCCGCGACUUCGAACGAAUUCUUCAAAUCCUCAUCUACAGACACCAGCAGGUUCAGCACCAGCAAGCAUUCCGUUUCGGUGGCUAUUCUAACCCAUACUUCGGUGGUCCUUCCUACGCACCGCCCUUCAUCCCUGGUCAAUAUUCCGGCGCUGGUGGCUUCCCAGCACAAAUCCCUCGUCCACCGUUCUACAACGCUCCCCCUACGGGUGCCGGCUACUUCGACCCUCGCUACCAGAACCCCCUCUACAGUCCAUCGAACGGCAAUCGCCAGUACUCGGGCGCACGCGAUCAACCCUCCAACGACUACCAACAACCCGUCCAAGAGUCUCAACCCGCCUACGGUCAACGAAGGCGGCAGUACAUCCCGCGGCUUCCGGAGCCCGACUACCAGGGUUCUUCCGGUACGGCGGACACCUUCCAGCCGGAACUGCUUCCACCGAACGUCCGGGAGGAGCUGCUGUACCGGAUGCUGAUGCUGGCCAUCCAGCCGGAUGCGGGUGCGCACGCUGGAGUCGGUGGUGGUGCAGGCGGUGCCGGAGGUCCUGGCUUCCUGCCUGCCAACUUGAUUCCGGCCGGUUCGGUUCCACGGCCGCAGACGACAUCACCCACGCCGAGCUACAGCAAAAAACCGGUUCGGAGCGUACAAAUUUUGGGAGAGGAGUAGCGAGGGCCCCCGAUGCGAUGGCGGAACUGACUGCACAGUGUAUGUAUAAUUUGAAGGUAUUUCGAUGCUUUGUUUUUUUUAUUGCAAUAUUCCGUGUCGAACGUGUAGAUAGGAAGAAGGAAUGAGCGAUUCCUUGAAGUUUUUUUUCGUUUAGAAUAGUGAGAUUCAUAGGUAUUAGAAAAAGUGAAACCCAAAGAUUUUCUGUUAAUGAUUUGACGAUAGGACAGUGAAAAAACAAACAGGUUUGCGCUUGCUGAACAAUACAGUACUAGUUGGUACAAAUGUAUAACCGAAAAAUGUUGAUGUAUGAUGAAUUUAUUGGUAGGCUUGAUUUAACCAAAUUUGACAUCAUAGCUCAAGUAAACCUACUUCAAGAUGCCACUAUUUGAAUAUGAAAUGAGUCUGCUACAAUGGCGUUCAGUGAGGAAUUAGAAAAUGCAGUGACCCGAAGCCAACUAGUUAAACAAUAUAUAUACACAGUCAUGACUUAAAGUUCCUUCAAGAAUUCCAUCCGGAGUUACUGCAGGUAUACGGAACAGAGUUCCGCCAGGAGUUUCGUCUGGAGUUCUCUCGGGAAAUUAGGUAUUAUGUCCGGAGUUCCAUUAGUAGUUCCUCGCAAAGUUCCUUCAGGAAUUCCGUCUGGAUUUUCUCUGGUAAUUUCGUCCGGAGUUCCUCCAGGAAUUCCGUCAGAAAUUAUUGCAAAUAUUCCGUCUGGAGUUCUCUCGGGAAACCCGUUCGGAGUUCCUUUAGGAAUUUUGUCAGGUUUUUCAUUGGUAAUUCCUCCCAAUAAUUCUGUCCGGAGUUACUGGAGGUAUUCUGUCCGGAGUUCCAUUAGUAAUUUCUCCCAAAGCUCCUUCAGGAAAUCCAUCCGGGGUUCCUCCAGCUAUUCCAUCCGGAGCUCCUCCAGGAAUUCCGUCACAAAUUAUUGCAGGUAUUCCGUCAGGAGUUUUCUCGGGAAACCCAUUCGGAGUUCCUCCAAAAAUUCCAUCCGGAUUUCAACUAGUAAUUCUUCUCAGUAAUUCCGUCCGGAAAUACUGCGAGUACUCUGUCCGGAGUUCAAUUGGUAAUUCCUCCCAAAGUUCCUUCAGGAAUUCCGUCUGGAGAUCCUCUGGGAAUUCAGUCCGGAGUUCCUCCAAGAAUUCCGUCAGAAAUUAUUGCAAGUAUUUCGUCAGAAGUUCUAUCGGGAAACCCGUUCGGUGUUCCUUCAGGAAUUCUGUCCGGAGUUCCAUUAGUAAUUCCUCCUGAAGUUCCUCCGGGAAUUCCAUCCGGAGUUCUUCCAGCUAUUCCGUCUGGAGUUCCUCCAGAAAUUCCGUCCGAAAUUACUACGGGUAUUGUGUCCAGAGUUUCAUUAGUAUUUCCUUCCAAAGUUAUUUCACGACUUCCGUCUGGAGUUCCUCCAGGAAUUCCAUCCGGAGUUCUUCCAGCUAUUCCGUCCGGAGUUCCUUCAGGAAUUCCAUCAGAAAUUAUUGCAAGUAUUAUGUCUGGAGUUCUCUCUGAAAAUCCCUUCGGAACUCCUUCAGGAAUUCUGUCAGGAUUUCCAUUGUUAAUUUCUCCCAGUAAUUCCGUCCGGAGUUACUGCUGGUAAUCUGUCCGGAGUUCCAUUAGUAUUUUUUCUAUAGUUCCUACAGGAAUUCCAUCCGGGGUUCCUCCAGCUAUUCCGUCCGGAGUUCCUCCAGUUAUUCCGUCCGAAGUUUCUUCAGGAAUUCAUUCAGAAAUCAUUGCAAGUAUUCCGUCAGGAGUUCUCUCGGGAAACCCGUUCGGAGUUCCCUCAAGAAUUCUGUCCGAAGUUCCAUUAGUAAUUCCUCCUGAAGUUCCUUCAGGAAUUCCGUCUGGAGUUCCUCCAGGAAUUCCAUCCGGAGCUCCUCCAGUUAUUACGUCCGGAGCUCUUCCAGGAAUUCCGUCAGAAAUUAUUGCAGGUAUUUCGUCUGGAGUUCUCUCGGGAAACCCGUUCGGAGUUCCUUUAGGAAUUCUGUCCGGAGUUCUAUUAGUAAUUCUUUCUAAAGUUCCUUCAGGAAUUCCACCUGGAGUUCUUCCAGGAAUUCCAUCUGGAGCUUCUCCAGUUAUUCCGUCUGGAGUACCUCCAGGAAUUCCGGCAGAAGUUAUUGCAAGUAUUUCGUCUGGAGUUCUCUCGGGAAAUCUGUUCGGAAUUCCUUCAAGAUUCCGUUCGGAGUUACUGCGGGUAUGCUGUGCGGAGAUCCAUUAGUAUUUCGUCCCAAAGUUCUUUCAGGAAUUCCGCGUGGAGUUCCUUCAAGAAUUCCAUCCGGGGUUCCUCCAGCUAUUCCACCCGGAGUUCCUCCAGGAAUUCUUACAGAAAUGAUUGCAGGAAUCGCGUCUGGAGUUCUCUCGGCAAACCCAUUCGAUGUUCAUCCAGGAAUUCCGUCCGGAUUUUUUACUAGUAAUUCCGUCCGGAGAUACUAUACUCUGUACGGAGUUCCAGUAGUAAUUCUUGGAGUUCCUCCAGCUUUUCCGUCCGGAGUUCCUCCAGCAAUUCCGUCAGAAAUUAUUGCAGGUAUAUUCCGUCUGGAGUUCUCUCGACAAACCCAUUCGGAGCUCCUCCAGGAAUCCCGUCCAAUUUUCCACUAGUAAUUCUUCUCAGAAAUUCCGUAGGGAGAUACUGUUGGUACUAUGUCGGGAGUUCCAUCAGUAAUUCAUCCCAAAGUUCCUUCAGAAAUUCCGUCUGGAAUUCCUCCGGGAAUUCCGUUCGGAGCUCCUCCAGUCAUUCCGUCCGGAGUUCCUCUAGGAAUUCCGUUAGAUAUUAUUGCAGGUACUGCGUCUGGAGUUCUCUCGGGAAAUUCGUUCGGAGAUCUUUCUGGAUGAAUUCCUGAAGCAAUCCUUGGAGAUAUUUCUGGAGAAAUCCUUGGAGGAAUUCCUGGAGAGAUUCUUGGAGGAAUUCCUGCAGCAAUCCUUGGAGAUAUUUCUGGAGAAAUCCUUGGAGGAACUCCUGGAGAAAUUCUUGGAAGAAAUCCUGCAGCAAUGCUUGAAGAAAUUACUAGAGAUAAUAUUGGAGGAAUUCCUGAAUCAAUCAUAAAAGAAAUUCCUGGAGAAAUCCUUGUAGGAAUUCCUGGAGGAAUCCUUGAAAAAAAUCCUGAAGCAAUCCUUGAAGAUAUUCCUGGAGAAAUCCUUGUUAGAAUUACUGGAGCAAUGCUUGGAGUAAUUCCUAGGAGAGUUCUUGAAGGAAUCCCUGGAGAAAUCCCUGAAGAAAUUCCCUGGAGUAAUCCUUGAAGAAAUUCCUGGAGAAAUCCUUGGAGAAACUGCUGGAGGAACCCUUGAAGAAAUUCCUUGAUAAAUCCUUGUGACAUUUCCUGGAGUUAUCCCUCCAGGAUUCAUGGAGGAUAUCGUGAAGAAAUUUCUGGAGGAAUCCUUGUAGUAAAUUAUUGAAAAACCUCUCGACGCUUUAUUGGAGGAACUCUUGAAGAAAUUUCUAAAGGAACAAUGGUAGGAAUCUACGAAUGGACUCUUGGCUAAGUCUCCGGAGGAAGAACUCCCAAAAGAUGCAUGGAACUUAGGAGGAAAUCCUGAAGGAAUUCCUGGAGCAAUUUCAGGAGGAAUCCCUGAGGUAUUCCUGGAGAAAUUUCGAAAGAAAUCUCUGGCGGAAUUUCUGAUGCAAUUCCUGAAGAAAUCCUCCGAGGAAUUCCUAUAGAGAUACUUGAGGAAACUCUUGCACAAAUUCUUGAAGAAAUUCUUGAAUGGAUCUUGAAGGAAUUCAUCAAGGAAUCCUUAAAGAAGUUCCUUCAGGACUGGAAUGAAGGAAUUUUUGAAAAGAUUCCUGAACGAAAUUCCUUGUGAAAUUUCUGAAGUACUCCUUACUGGAGGUACUUCUAGAAGAAUAAUUGAACCCUGGAGAAAUUCCUAUAAAGAUCCCUGGAAGGAUUCCUGAAGAAGUUCAUUAAGGGAUUCCUGGAGGUAUUGUUGGAUUAGUUCCUGAUGAAGAUCUGGGAAGAAUCCCUAAGGAAGCAUCUGCAGGAAUCUCUGAAAAAUGUCAUGUAGAAAGUCUUGGAAGAAUUCCUGUAGGAAUCCCUGGAGAAAUCCUGGGAGGAAUUGCUGGAGCAAUCCAUGGAGGAUUUUCUGGAGCAAUCCUUGAAGAAAUUCCCAAAGGUAUCCUUGAAGGAAUUUCAGGAGAAUCCCUCUGGCAUUGAUGGAUGAAUUCUUGAAGAAAUUCCUGGAGGAAUCCUUGAAGAUAUCGGAACCUUUGAAGUUAAUUCUGGAGGAAUACCUUGAGAAACAACUGACGAAAUCCCUGAACGAAAUCCUUGAGAAAUCUCUGAAGAAAUUUCUUAUGAAAUUCCAGAAAGUAUUCCUUACUGGAGGAACUUUUAGAAGAAUAAUUGAAUCCUGGAGGAUUUCCUGGAGAAAUCCCAGAAUGAAUUCCUGGAGAAAUCUAUAAAGGAAUUCCAGGAGGCUUUUUUUGAUGAGUUCCUGACGAAGUUCUUGGAAGAAUCCUUUAAGAAACUUCUGGAGAAAUGGCUGAAGGAAAACCUGGAGGAAAUGUUUCUAGGAUUUCUCCAGGAAUUCUUGAAUAAAUUCCAGAAAAAACCUGAAAUGAUUCUUAGAGAAAUUCCUAGAGCAAUCUCCGAGGGAAUUCCUGAAGAAAUCAUUGAAAAAAUUCUCGAGAUAUUCUAGAAGAAAUUCUUGGAGAAAUCCUUCAAGAAUUUUAUGUAUCUCUUAAGAAAUGUAUGGAUCAAUCCCUCAAGGAUGUAUUGGAGGAAUUUUUGAAAGCAUUUCUGGAGGAAUCCUUGACAGUAUGUCUGGAGAAAUCCCUCGAGGAUUUAUUUGAGAAACCUUUGAAAUUAUUCCUGGUUGAAUUCUUGAAGAAAUCCUUAUAAGGAAACCUUGAAUAAAUUCCUGGAGGAACCUCUAAAGAAAUUCCAGGAAGAAUCCUUUGAGAAAUAUCUAGAGGUGUCCCAUAACGAAAUCCUAGAAAAAAUUACCGAAUAAAUACCUUGAGAAAUUCCAGAAUGUAUUCCUUACUCAACGAGCUCCUUAUAGAAUCACUGAGCCUUGGAAAAAUUCCUGGAUGAAUUUCUAAAGGAAUUUCUGGAGGCAUCAUUGAGGGAAUUCUAGGAGAGAUCCCAGGAAUUUCUGGAGACAUUUCUAAAGGAAUUUCGGGAGGCAUUAUGUGGUAAGCUCCUGAAACAAUUCUUGGUAGAAUCUUCAAGCUUUGAAGGAACUCUUAGAGAAAUUUCUGAGGGAAUUCCUGAAGGAAUUCGUAAAGAAAUCUUGGAAGAAAUUUCUGCAAUUAUUUCCUGAAAAAAAUUAAAAGAAAUUUUUGGAGAAAUCCUUGACGCAAUUCCUGGACGAAUCCUUUCUGGAUUUAUAGAGAAAUACUUUAUGGAGAAAUACUUCUGGAUGUUUUUAGAGGAGUUCUAUCUCUCGAGGAUUUAUUGGGGGAAUUUUGAAAAAAAAAAAUCUGGGGGAAUCUUUGGAGAAAUAUCUGGUGGAAUCCAUGAAGAAAUUCACGAAGGAACCUUUGAAGAAAUUUCUGAAGGAAACCCGUGAGAAAUAUCAAGAAAAAUCACUGAACUAAAUCUCUGAGCAAAUUCCUUUAGGUAUUCCAGAAGGUAUUCCUUACUAAAAGAACCCCUAGAAUAAUCACGGAGCCUUGGAGGAAUUUCCGAUAAAAUACCUGGAGAGAUCCCUGAAAGAAACCGUGAAGAAACACCUGGAGGAAUUCUUGAAGGAAUUCCUUAUUCUUUGAAGGAGUUUAUACAGGAAUUCCUGAUGACUUUCUCGAAUGAAUCUCUGGAGUAACCCUUGAAUGUCUCCUGGAGAAAAUGCUUUAAAUUCCUGGAAGAUUUUGUGAUCCCUCAAGGAAUCACUGAAGGAAUUUCUGAAGGAGUUUCUGAAGGAAUUUUUCGAGGUACCUCUGAAAAAAUUUCUAUUUGAAGAAACUCCUAGGGGCAUCAUCUCUGAAUGAACUCAGAAGAUACCCAUAAAGGAACUCCUGAAAGAAUCACCGAAAGAACUCCUGGAGCAAUCCUGAUGGAACUUCUUGAGGAAUUUCUAAAUGUUCUCCAGAAAGAGCCCACAAAAAAAAAAACUUCUGGUGUUAUCUCUGAAGAAACUUCCGGAAGAAUUCCUAUUUAUGAGAAUGUGUGAGGAAGUUCCUAGUCCCAUGGAUUCGCUCAGGGCUUGUUGAAGUGCUUCUUCCAAACGAGCUUCAGUUUGGGGGAUCUCCAGCUUUAUUUUGAAGUCAGAAACUAUCAAUGGCUUCCUAGAUUACCUUGACGAGUGCCAUUCUAUAGAAAUUCCUGGAAGAUUCUCUAAAACAAUCAUUGAAACAUUGAACAAAGAUUUUUUUGAAGUAGUUUGUAAAGGAAUUUUAGAAGCAAUACUUGAAGAUUUUCUAAUAGUUUCGCGGGAAAAAAAAUGUACCAAUUUCUAAAAAAAAAAAUGGAAUUUCCAUUUUUUGUGAGGAAUCUCUGGUGGAAUUUCCAAAGGAUUUCGUGAAAGAUUUCUAUGGAGAACCCCAGGAGGUCUUUCAGAAAGAAAGCAUGUAGAAUUUCACGGAAUGUUUACUAAACGAAUGCUUGGAGAAUUUUUGAUGGGAGUCUCAGAAGGACUUUCAGAGGAAUUUCAGAAAAUAACUCUGUAGCAAUUUCUGAAGCAAUCCAUGUAAAAUUUUUAUAAAGAAUGCCUGGGAUAUUUUCUGGAGGAAUUCGGCGUAGAUAUUCUCAAAGUAAUAACUAGAGGAUUUUCGAAAAGUAUUCAUGCAGCAAUUUCGGAAGCAAUCCAUGAAAGAUUUUCUAAAAGUGUUCCUGGAGAAAUUUCUGGAAGAAUUUCUGGAUUAGUUUCCGCAGUAAUCCCUGGUGGAAACUGCAAAGAAAUCACUGGAAGAUUUUAGGAGUUUUGUAAAGGAAUCUUGCAAAGAAAUUAAAAAAAAUUCAAGAAGUUUCCUAAAAAGUCUAAGGAAGAUUUCAAAAAUGGAUUCCUGGAAGAACUUAUGAAGGAAUUCCAAAAAGUAUGAUUUUUUAAAAGUCGCCGGAUAAUUUUUUGAAUAAAUUCUGUUGAAUAUUUUCCAGUAGAAGACCUUCUUAAGGAAGAAUAACGAAAGAAAUACAUAGAUUUUUUUAUAGGAAUCCAUGGAGGAACAACUGAGAAGACCAAGAAUGGUUUUCUCAAAUCACUAUUGAAAAAAUUGAAAUUUCUAGAAAAAAAUAAAAAAAAAUAUGGAGGGGGUUUCUGUAGUUUCAUUCAUAAAAAAACUAAUGAAAAUUUUGGCAAGAACCUUCGAAAGAAUUUUAAAGGAAUCUUUGGAGAAAUUUUUGAAGGAAUUCCUGAAGAAAUUUCUUUUUCAAUUUAAGCAGAAUGCCUCCAAAGAUUUCUGUUCAGGUAUGGCUUUGGGAUUCAUGCAGAGAUUUAUUCAGAAAUUUCUCCUGGGAUUCCUUCAGGAACUCUUGAGGAAAUUUCUUCAAGGAUUGCUAUAGACAUUCUUGCGUGCAUUCCUUCUUGAUUUGUUUUUCGAGCAUUUCUGAAAGAACUCCUCCAGGAGUACAUUCAGUUUUACUCCCUAAAUUUUUCUUUGGGAUUUCUCGAAAAAUUCUUUUGGGAGUUUCUCAAGACAUUCUUCUUGUAAUUGCUCCAGGAACUCCUCUAUAAAUUUCCUCAAAAAAAAAAAAACAAA